AUGCGUCCACUUCAGAACGAAGACAUUCAGAUGCCUUCUCAUUCGAACACCUCAUCGGAUCACCCGGAUCAGCAACCACCGCCAACGGCAACAGCACACUGCAAUCAACACUUAAUAAGGGAAUCAGAAAAAGAAAUACCUACCUCUCGCAAUCUCGAAAGGCAUCGCUGCCAUCGCAAAUGGACCUAUUCGGACACCCGUCGCAAUGUCCCUCCUCGCUUUCUCUUGACGAUCAACCCUUACCUUGACCCGCUUUUAAUACCUCAGCCGCCAGAAGGACCGGCCCUUUCAACCCAAAACGGUGGAAUUUCAAGCUAUCGUGGUGUACCUGCGCAGCAACAGCAACCCCCACCAAGUCCACACAAUCAGACCUCCUCGACAAACUCUGCAGAAACCCCAGCAACCAACCAAUCCAACUCGGCAGGCACCCCCCUACCGACUAACCGCUCCAUCCCAGAUGCUACCCAAAAUCAGCCCUCUCAAUCAGACCCCAAACUUACAAAACCAAAGCCCCCGCCCCGCUCAAAGACCCCAGCACACCUAGUCGAAAACGCGAAGUGCAUGGAGAUCGACCAGCUUAUAAGUCUUGCUGCCAAGCAUGCGCAAUAUGUUCGACUCACUGCUGAAGACGAGGUUGAGCUCAACUCUGCGUACAAGGAGUACCAACGCAAGCUGUACACCAUAGCCUACAAGAAUAAGCUUGCGAUCGGACCGUGCUUAAGAUAUGUUGGCGAGGGGGCAAAUCCCAGAGGAUCGACUUGUUAUAACAGUUUCUGCAGGUACGAUCCGGUUGCUAGCAAGGUUUUUACCGAUUCAACCAUCCACCCAGAUGAUCGCAAGCGCGAAUGCGGUCGACUCUGGAAAAUGUUGGAUGCAGACACUCGGGAUAAGUGGAAGGACCCCGAAUAUGUGGGAUCCAUUUCGGUCGCACCUGAUUUGACCAACGAAGGUGACGAAAACAAACACAACCCCCCAGGCACACACAAGAAACGCAAAGCGGCUAGUUUUGAUUCCGAUCAUUGGGCUCGCAAGGUUGUUGCUGAUUUGAGACAGCUGAGCCGAAUGUGCGGCACCGAAGGUUUUCUUGUUAUUGGAUCGCGAGACAAAGACUCCACGCUGAAGUUUAGCGGCGGAAGUCAUCUAGGCGAACACUUCCUGGAUAUGUACUCGACCAAUGAUGAUCCCGUCACAAACUUCAUUGAUUUCCUCAGAGGCCAGACUGUCAUCAAGAAGCUAACCGGAAAAGAACCGCCGCCUGUUUUAAAAAAGCAGCAAUCCCGCAAACCAAAGCCGAGGAAUAUCUUCACCAAUCACGAUAAGGGCCAAAAAAAAGUCAACAUUGACUUCAUAAGAGCAAAAUUGAACAACGCUAUUGAAAAAGCCACUCACGGCAAGUGGAUGCGUGGAUGGCCUGGUACUUGCACUCAAGAAGGUCUUGCACGACUCCAAGUCAGCUUGCGAGUCAAAGAUAACGAUCUCGGUGUUACUUUGCAGCACUUCUGCAAGCGACCCGGAGACAUGGGAGAUAAACAUGCUCAACUGGUUGUUGCGGCAUUAGAGGAAGAUUGGGUCGAACUGAUUGGUCCACCUGCCCCCAACAACACCGGUCUGGGAGGUAGUGAUGGAGAAGCUCUCAAGGAGAACUCAUCACCAACAAUAGUUUCCGUAGGUCAAUGCAGCGGAGUCCUUAGGCCAAUACCAAAGUCGAAAGGGAAAAAACAAUCAACCCACCCUAAUAAAAAACGCAAGCUUCAUUCUUGGCUAUGUAAGAAGUUCAAGCUAGCGGCAAAUCGACAGAAGGAGGUUCAGAAAGAGCUGCAAAAUAUCUUAUCGCUCGAUAAUCCUUUCAAGCAACCCGGCCAAAAAUAUACCAUAUCGUACUUUAAAGAGCAAUGGAGGCAUCAGAAAACGUUUCGGGCGGAUCACACCGAUGAAGAGCAGGAGCGGAGAGAUAAACUGAUAAAGAUCUACGAACAUCAGGCAAACAUUGAGCUUUUAAGGCAAGUGGAGCGUCUGACGGAUCCAGAUCUCAAUCUUUUGUCAGAAAAGGAAGUCAAGAAGAUCUUUGAUAAAAUCGAUAAGGUAUCGAAGAAGCUCAAUAAAGAUGCGGCCGAAGCGGAAGCAUUGGGCAUCAAUUUGCCUUCUGGCAAAGAGAACAGUGAUGAGCAGAGGCUGUUACUGCUUUUAUGGAAUUCCAAAAACGAAUUAUACAUUCAGGCAGUCCAACUUCAAGCGGAACGCCAGCCCCUGUUAGAUUCAAAGAAGCUCGGCACUCGGGUGGGAACUGAGCUCAAAGAGAAGAUCCUCAAAGCAAUCGCAACUCGCCGCCCAGCAGUAUUGAUCUACUCGGAGUUCAACCAGAUACGGAUGUGGAUCGCUUUGAUCAACUGGUUCUUCAUGGUUUGGACCGGAGAAGCCGACUUAGAGUAA